AUGUUGGGUCCGAACCCGAAUCGCAGUGAUGGACGCACAUUCAUCAUGAUGUUUCUCCCCCCGCAGACCCGUAAGCUGACCAAGGCCGAGCGACAGCGUUUCAGCGAGGAAGUGGAUAUGCUGAAAGGACUCCAGCAUCCAAACAUCGUGCGCUUCCACGACUCGUGGAAGUCGACGAUGAAGGGCCAAAAGUGCAUCAUUCUGGUGACUGAACUCAUGACCUCAGGCACCCUCAAGACGUACUUGAAGAGGUUUAAAGAGAUGAAGCUGAAGUUGCUGCAACGCUGGAGUCGCCAGAUCCUCAAAGGACUUCACUUCCUGCACACGCGCACGCCCCCCAUCAUCCACCGCGACCUCAAGUGUGACAACAUCUUCAUCACCGGCCCCACCGGUUCCGUCAAGAUCGGAGAUCUGGGGCUUGCCACUCUCAAAAGUGCCUCAUUUGCAAAAAGUGUCAUUGGAACACCGGAGUUCAUGGCCCCCGAGAUGUACGAGGAGAAGUAUGACGAAGCGGUGGACGUCUACGCCUUGGGAAUGUGCAUCCUGGAGAUGGCCACCUCUGAGUACCCAUAUUCUGAGUGCCAAAACGCCGCCCAGAUCUACCGCAAAGUCACCAGUGGCAUUAAACCUGACAGUUUCUACAAAGUCAAAGUCCCAGAACUCAAGGAGAUCAUUGAGGGUUGCAUUCGUAUGAUCAAAGAUGAAAGGUACACCAUCCAGGACCUUCUGGACCACCCGUUCUUCCAGGAAAACAACGGGGUGCACGUGGAGCUGGCCGAGGAGGACGACACGGUGAAGUCCGGCCUGAAGCUGUGGCUGCGCAUGGACGACACCAAGAAGCUCCACGGGAAAUACAAAGACAACAACGCCAUCGAGUUCCUCUUUGAGCUCUACAAGGACGUGCCUGAGGAGGUGGCCCAGGAGAUGGUCGUGCUCGGAUUCGUGUGCGAGGCGGACUUCAAGCUCGUGGCCAAAGCCAUACGGGACAGAGUGACGGCCAUAAAGAGGCAACGGGAGAAGCUGAGGCGGCAGGCGGAGGAGCGCCACAAGAAGCAGGCGCAGGAGGCCAUAGAAGAAGAGCCGGAGCCUCAGCCGCCGUUGUCCAAAGCCCCAGAGUCCCCCACCCCGGCCAUGACACCCCCGGCCACCAUCUCGUCCCCGGUCACCAGCUCGGCGGACUCCGGCGUGAGCUCCAACUACCCCGCCGAGCCGGAGGAGACGGAGGCCGACCAGCACUUCCACGGCCGGCGCAACAGUCUGUCCUCCGCCAACUCUGACUGCGAGACUGAUGGAGACUUGAGUUCCUCCGGUCUUCAGGAUCCGCUGGAGGCCGGCAGCCUCAACGCGCCUGGAACCCCUCCCACCAUGCACACCAACCCCCCAGCUGUAAACGGCCUCCCCAUCCCAGCCCUCCGUUUCCCUUCGAGUAUUGCAGUAUCCAGCAACACGGAACGUGGCAGUGCAGGGUCUCCGAGUGGCUUCAACUCUCCUGUGGACAGCUACGCCUCUGAUGUGACCUCAGGCUUGAGUGAUGGCUAUGAAGGCCUGUCCGAGAAGAAUGAGAAGACGGCUGCGAGGCGGACUGCCGGGAAGCUUUUUAGGAAGAGGACGCGUUCCAGGCUGCGCAUCACAGGGCUGUCUGAUAAAGUGGACCGCGUAGUUGAAUGUCAGCUGCAGACACACAACGACAAGAUGGUGACCUUCAAGUUUGAUUUGGAUGGAGAUAAUCCAGACGACAUCGCCGCUGUCAUGGUGCACAAUGAAUUCAUCCUGCCAUCGGAGAAGGAGGGUUUUAUCUACCGCAUGGGGGACAUCAUCAAACGGGCUGAGGCCCUGAUGGUCAAAGAACAGCUGGUCCGUACCGGUGGGCACCGGCUCGCCCAGCCGGCCUUCCACGGGGGGGUUAACUCACUGUCCUCCUCACAGCCUAAUCUACACAGUCAAACCAUGCCUCGAACCCACUCCUCCUCUUCUCUGCCUGACUACAGUUUGGCUAACCCCAGCAUUGGGGUGCGUGGCUCUCCCCCAUGCCCCAAUGGAGAUGUCCUCUAUGCAGACAUUACUUCACCUGGGCGACCCUUAAUACGCUCGCAGUCUUUCCACAACGCCCCAGGUUCUCCCCUUCACUAUCAGCAACACCACAACCCGGCGUCUCUCCUGCCCCAUCACCAGCACUAUCACUUGCCCUACAUGAACCAAACUCACUUUCCAUUCCCGUACCCGGGUUCCCCGAGCUCUCCAAAGCCGGCGCAGAUCCACCCCCCCCUCACCCGUGUAGCCAGUAACCCCAAUUUCCCCUCGGUUCCCUCCCCGGCCCCCAGCUCUCCUUCCAGCGAGACCCCGAGCCCCAGCGUGGAAAACGUCGGCAUGUCCUCACCCGCCCCUCAGCACGCCAACAUGUGGCCCCCCCACUCCCAGCCCUUAUUUUCCUUAGCUAACGUCAUCUCCAUGGCCAUGAGCAUGGCCCAGUCCUUCAUCCCUCCUGGGAACCUCAGCUCUCAGGGGAUGCCCUCCUACCCGGGCUUCCACCCCCAGCUGCAGGGUCACAUGGCCUCCCAGUCGGGUUACCCCUCCGUGUACCCGCAGCAUUACCCAACGCCGUCCGUGGACGCCCAGUACGCUUCGGCGGGAAUCCCAACGCAGAGCCUCUACCACAGCCCAGAGCAUGCCCCUCAGAUGGAGGGAGUGGGCUUCCAGCAGAGCGCCCAUCCACAAUGGCCGCACCAUGUCUCUCCCCCUUCCAUGCCUUCAGCUCCCUCCACUCCCCCCCAGGCCACGCUGGACGCUUUCCAUCAGCCCGGGCCCCCCAGCUCGCCCGUUUUGACCCAGGAGGACAGUUACGAGACCCCGUGCCCGGCCCAAGUUCCAUCGCUGGCCAAAAUCAGAUCUGAAAUGUGCAAAUCAUGCUCCUCGUCGGAUUUUUCCCCAUCGCCCCCGAUCAGCCCCGACAGCACUAUAUCAUCAUUCAACAGUCAGUCACACCCAGUUGGAGUUGAGAUGAAUGCUUGCAGCUCAAAAAAGAAAUCUAUCGCCGAUACUGAAUCUCCUUCAUCGCCAAAGAUCGUGGGCCGUUUCCAGGUGACCCCCAGCCUGGACGUCCCCGAGCCCGCCCCCCCCCCCGCCGCCGCGCAGCCGGCGGACAGCGACGGCACGCAGAGCAGCACGGAGGAGCAGGGGGAGUCCGAGGCCAGCAUGGGCACCUCCCUCACCCUGUCCCCGCCUCACCCGCACGCCCACAAAGGGUCCGGCAGCGUCCAGCCGGCCGACGGUAAAGCGGCUUGGGCCGCCGGCCAAGAGCAGGACAGAGAUGAGGAAGAGGAGGAGGAGGAGGAGGUGGUGGAGGAGCGGCAGAGGCUGAAGAAGAGGAGCCGGAGGAGGGCGUACAGCCUCAGCCUGCUGGGGACGUCGGCGGACAGCGGGCUGUCGCUGACCGCGGCGGAGGCGGAGGGCCGGCUGUGGGACGGGGCGGCGGGCAGCCCGCAGCACGGCAACGCCCUCCACCACCUGUGGAUGAUGACCUACAGCCGCAGCGCCGCCUACAUCAGCAGCGACGACUCGGACAGCGAGGACGAGGAGAUGCUGGAGGAGCUCCAGGAGCUCAGGGAGAGACACCUGGUGGAGGUCCAGGCUUUGCAGGCCGCCCAGAAGAGAGAGAUCGAGGAGCUCUACGAGAAGAUGGGGAAGGUCCCCCCGCCGGGGAUCGUCUCUCCGGCCGCCAUGCUUUCCAACCGCCAGCGCCGCCUGUCCAAGGGCAGCUGUUUCCCGGCCUCCCGCCGGAACAGCCUGCAGCGCCUGGACCUGAUGCCGCUCCAGGGCAUCAUCAGGAGGAACUCCCUGGGGGGCAGCAGCAGCGGCUCACAGGAGAAACACAAAGGUGUCACCUUCGCCACCGACAUCAGUAGAAUGGUGAGUCAGCACGGGGGUCGAGAAGCCUCAUAUGUCUCAUCAUUGAAUACAGAAAAAGUACAAACUCUCAGCCAUGCACGCUUGUACAUGUGGACUACCUCAUCUGAAGUGACUGCAAGUGGUCAAAACCCUCCCUGUCGGAGGACGGCUUUAACCCCCCACCCCCGGCGCACCAAUCAGCAAUCGGCUUCUCUCUGUCAGCAGUCGCUUACCUCAGAUUAUGGAAGCUGGCAUCGGGGAGCUGGACCAGCCGAGGGCGCCCAGAUUCCGGCCCCUCCGUCAGAAACCGGCGGCGGCCCGAUGCGCCGGGCGCUCCGGUUUCCACGCCAACAGUGGCGUUUUUUUGAGCUGGUGUAUAUAUUAUCAGACCCAACAGCUUAG